CUCACCCAGCACCCAGGUAGAGGUCACCCCAUUUCUGGGCAGAAGAUAACGUCUAAUAAGUAGAAUAAACCUAUAUGCUGUGAUUGCGACUGAUUGCGGGGAUUUUAGGACCCAGUGAGAUCCAGCAGGGAUUUCUGGAGAGGGUGGGCACAAGUCCACAUACAGCUCAGCCAGCACCCAGGUACCGCUCACCCCAGUUCUGGGCAGAAGAUGAGGUUCUGAAGACCAUGAAGCUGGAUCCUCACCCAGGUUGAUGUGCCCCAGGAGGAGCUUGUGAUGUGUCCCAGCAGCAGCCAGGCUGGCAGUGAGCAGAGCCCCCAGCCCUCCCUCUGAGUCUCAUUAGUCUCAGUCCUCCAGCGAUCCUCAUAGAAGUUUGGAGAAGUUCUCUGAUGGUCUCCCCCAUGCUUCUCCUGCUCCUCCUCUGGAGCUCCCUUCCCCUGUGCCGGGCUCAGUAUGAACAAUACAGCUUCCGAGGCUUCCCCCGAUCCGAGCUCCGACCUCUACAGCCCACCUAUGGCCAAGCCAUGCAGCUCUACGAGGCUCAGUCCUGGAAGGAGGCGACCAAAUCGCUGGAGGCCAGCCUGAGGCUCCACCGACUCCUGCAGGAGAGCGAGGAGUUCUGCGGGCACAGCUGCUCCAAGGAGACCUCCAUCCCUGGCCUGGAGGACGAGGGGCUGGAGGAGGAGGCCAAGCAGGACUGGAGGAUGGAGCUCAGGCUGUUCGGAAGGGUCCUGUCCAAGGCUGUGUGCCUAAGGAAGUGUAAGGCCACCCUUCCAGUCUUCCAGCAACCCUACCCAGACAAGGAGACCCUCCAAGCCUUCCAGAGAAGAGACCCCUACCAGUACCUCCAUUACACCUACUUCAAGAUCAAUGAGCUGGAGAAAGCGGUGUCGGCUGCGCAUACCUUUCUGCAGAAGAACCCCACCCAUGAGAUGACGCUGCGGUACAUGAAUUACUACAAGACCCUGCUGGAAGUAGAGGAAUUCCUCAUCGAUUUAGAGGCUCAGCCCUUCGAGAGCAUAUUUGUGAAGGCGGUAAAGUCGUACAACGCUGGAGACUUCAGGCGCAGCACAGAGGAGAUGGAGCAGGCUUUGCCUCUGUAUUACAAAGCGUACAACAACUGCCUGACAGGCUGCGAGGGGGUUUAUGAAAUGAAGGAAUUUAAAGACUUCUAUCCAGCCGUUGCAGAUCAUCUAACUGACGUCCUAGAAUGUAAAGUGCAGUGUGAGCUUAACCUGACUCCAAAUGUUGGAGGAUAUUUGGUUCAGAAGUUUGUGGCCACCAUGUACCACUAUCUGCAGUUUGCAUAUUACAAACUUAAUGACGUGAAGAACGCGGUCCAGUGUGUGUCCAGCUACAUGCUGUUUGACCCUUCAGAUACAGUUAUGCAACAAAACCUGGCGUACUACAAGUUCUAUAAGGAGAAGUGGGACCUUGAGGACUCCGAUUUCAACCCUAGAGAGGAAGCCCUGAUUUAUCACAACCAGACUGUGCGCCACAAGGAGCUGUUGCAGUUUGCUCACGAUUUUCUCCGUCGGGAUAGCGAUGAGGUUGAAGUCGGAGCAGUCCAGGACACAGAACCACCCCCAUCUGAUACAGAGUUUGAAGGGGAAGGGGAUUAUGAGGAAGGGAUUUUUGCUGAGUGGUGGGCAGAACCAAAGUCAAAAGGAGACAUGGCUGACAAGCCAAGCUUAACCUAAAGCUUCUGGUCUACCCAUGGACUUGUAUGAUCCACACCAAGGACAACACAAGGUGCCCAUCAGUGUACAUAAUUCAAUGAACGUUCCAAUGCUAGAAAAGCCCAACCAUUCCACAAUUUGUACAAAACAAUAUUCAUCACGAUACCAACAUGAGAACAGUGUAAACAUAUUGACUCUAUAGAAAAUACCAUGGAGUGUUUCUACAUUUUUCAGUGUUCUUAUCCUUCAAGUUCCAUCAGAAGAGUUCCUUAUUGGUCAACUCUCACUUCUCGCAGGCACAUGCUUCCAUCUUUAUUGGCUUACAACAGGAUAUUUCAAUGGAGAAGAGGAAACUACUGGCACUUAGUUGCAUUCAGUGGAUUUUGGGAUCAGCUACUGGUCAGACUUGGUUGGAAUUGUCUGAAAAUUGCUUCCCUUUAACAAGCCUAUUCCCGAGUGAUUCACAGACUAACUAAAAGAUAGAAUCUCAUUCUUUGUGUUCCUACCUUGGACCUCAUCCAUGCUGGACGUUUCUGUAUCAGCUCCAGUGGUAUCCUGUUAUGAGACAUCCUACUAUACCCCUUUAAAUGGAGUGAACAGAGGCUUCUCCAUUUCCAGAUGUUUCAGAAGUAAUAAAAGGAAUUGCAAAAUGAAAUCAA